ACCAAUGAAAGUAAACCCGUGGUAAACAACAACAACAACAACAGCACAACAACAAAAACAAGAAAAUUCCAACGUUAUAGACGCCUAACUUGAAGAUGCCACUCGAAAGCAAAGCAAACGGUGAAGACAUACGUGAAAGUUUCCCACAGCCUAUGGAAAUAAUUUAUACCUGCACACGAGGAUUUUUUACACGCAAACAAUUGUUCAAACGUUUACCUAUUCUUCAGUGGCUGCCGUCAUAUACAUUGCAAUAUCUAGUAGAUGAUAUUGUGGCCGGGCUUUCUGUUGCGCUGACAGUUAUACCACAAGGAAUUGCUUACGCAGCUAUAGCCAAUUUAGAUCCGCAAUAUGGAUUGUAUUCAGCAUUUAUGGGGUGUUUCAUUUAUUGCAUUGUAGGAAGCUGCAAAGAUGUAACAAUUGGACCUACUGCAAUAAUGUCGCUCAUGAUAAAUGCACACGUGGGAAAUAGUGGACCAGAAUUCGCAAUACUCUCGGCAUUCGUCACUGGAUGUGUGGUUCUAUUGCUCGGCAUACUUAAUUUAGGAUUCCUCGUGCAGUUCAUUUCGUUUCCUGUUACGGUUGGAUUCACUUCUGCCGCAGCUAUAACAAUUGCCAGUGGACAAGUGAAAUCUUUAAUUGGGAUUUCUGGACAAUCGAACGAAUUUUUAGACUCUUGGAUAAAUGUAUUCCAACAUGUUCAAGACAUCAGAUUGUGGGAUAGUGUGCUUGGUGUCUCCACUAUCAUUGUUCUACUGAUAUUGAUGCAAAUGAAAAACCUCAAAGGAAACAUUAUUUGGAGGAUGUUUGGGAAGUAUGUGGCUCUCUCAAGAAAUGCGAUAGCAGUAAUAACUGGGGCUUUCCUCGCUUAUAGUCUGAGCGAUAUUCGAAACUCGCAUCCUUUUCUGCUCACUGGAAAUGUGACCCCUGGCUUGCCACCAAUUCAGCUUCCACCGUUCAGCACCACCAUAGGCGAGCAAUCGUACAGUUUUUCGGAAAUGAUUACCAAACUAGGUACUUCUAUCAUAACCUUACCGCUCAUUGCCGUCUUAGAAUCGGUUGCUAUCGCUAAAGCCUUUUCAAAAGGCAAACCUAUUGAUGCCACGCAGGAAAUGAUAGCUCUCGGUAUAAGCAACAUUGCUGGUUCGUUUGUGUCAUCCAUGCCUGUUACGGGAUCAUUUACGAGAUCUGCAGUGAACAAUAACAGUGGAGUUCGAACACAGCUUGGAGGUAUCACUACCGGAAUCGUCGUACUUGUUGCCCUUGGAUUGCUUACGAAAACGUUCUACUACAUCCCAAAAGCAUCGCUAGCAGGAGUCAUAAUAGCGGCGAUGCUCUUCAUGGUUGAAUUUCAAGCAGCUGCGGAAAUUUGGCGCACGAAACGUAUAGACUUUAUUCCAAUGAUGUGUACGAUGGUGGCUUGUUUACUUCUUGGUCUAGUACGGUAUGAUUGUCGGUAUUGGAAUUAACGUGUGUAUUGUUCUGUACCAAAUAUCACGACCAUCUAUUGAGACGAUGCCUUUGACAAUCGAUGGAAUUUGCGCCCUAGUCGCCCAACCUGA